AUGGACCUCUUUCGCCGGUUUCACCAGAAUUCGUACCCGUCUCGUCCAUCGCCCCUGAGCAGCUCCCAAGAGCCGCGCGACGAUCGCCCCCGCCAGCACAGCGGCCUCGCGCCCGCCCACGAUCCUCGUCGUCCUGAAAACGAAACGGCCCGACCAGCCGGUCGCUACGAAUACUCGUCGACGUCGUCGCAUCUAUACCCACCGGGCGCUUCACGGGGGCCACAUGGGAUCCGGGGCGAGAAUGCUGAGGCGGCGAGUUCUCCGCCGCGGAAUCAGCACGCGCACCAGCAUCGGCGGCAUACCAGCCUCGAAACUCGGCAACACGCACAUGUGCAUCGCCGAAACAACUCCCAGCCCCAAGGGGGUCACUAUCGAGAAGCGGGUGAGCUUCCGGAGUCACGGGUUCGCGGCUUCUGGGCUUCGCGCGAGAUGAACCACCAGCCCUCUGACCUGGGCCACCGUGCGUCCCAGAGCAGCGGCAGCCCUGUGCACUCGGGUCCUCAAGAACACUCUGCACCUCCGGCCUUCGGUAGUCGCCAAAUGCCUCCCCCGUCUCCUCCACACUCCUACGGCUCCCGAGCGCAAUCAGCCAACGCGCCCGCCUCAUCCCUGCUUUCGCGCGAUGCGCCCAGUGCAACAUCCCAUCGCCCCGGCAGCAGCAUGUCCAUCUCAGCCAUGCUAGGAUCAGAUGCAGAACGCCCUGCACGAGAUUCCGGGUCAUCGGUUUUUUCGCGACCUUCGGGAUCUUCUAUCUUCGGUAGUGCACCAACCUCCGCCUCUGCCGGCAUGUCACCACCCACCGGUCCGUCACGGCCAUCACCACUCGACCAGUCGGUGAUGCGUCGAUCGCAUACCCCCGAGAAGUCCUUUUCGAGGCCGCCGAUGGGUCGGCCUUUCCGGUCUGGCUCCGGUGGUGGAUCAAGUCUGCUGGGAGGCGUCGAGCAGUCAAAAUUCGGUGGCCUGUCACGCGCACCACUCUCCCAAUACCCCGAGAAACCGCAUUCCACACACCCAUCGCCCCAGAUCUCCGCCGCCGAGCCACCCUACAAUGAGCCCCGUCGCAUGAGUUUCAGCGGGCCAAUUACACGACCCAGCAGCCAGCCACCGAACGCCGAAGCCCCGACGCGUCCGCCCGGUUAUAGCCCCAUCUCCCGCCCGUCUGGCGGUGCCCCCGACCGAUAUGAGCCUGUACAACGCGCCAGCUCUUCAUCAUACGCUGGUCCCGACCCGCAUGGUCGGGAUCCUCAUGGGCGGGAUCCUCAUGGUCGCUUCGGCAGUCUAUUUGGGGAUCGUCGCGCGGAAGAAACUGCACUGAGGGAACGAGAACGGGACCGGGAACGGGAACGGGACCGUGAAAGAGAACGUGAGCGAGAGCGGGAACGGGAUCGUGCUAUCCAUGGGCCUGACACCAAGGGGCCCCUUGGAGGACCACGAUACGGUUCAGUUUAUGGCGAACGGGAACCACUUGACCGGCACUCGAGCGCGUCGGCGUGGGAACAGGGUCGGUCACACCCGUCAUCUCCUGAAACGAAACGCUUCCCUGCGCCCGACGCAGGAUCAGGCUUUGGAUUUGGGGCCAUUCAAAGUUAUACAAAGUCGCUCGGGUCUCAGCCUGGAGGCAGCCGGCAACCCCUCUUGUCACUGCAAACCGGACAGGGCCAAGUGUCACCCUCACAGCGCGAAUCACCGUAUCUCAGCAAACAACAAACUCAACCCCCGCGUUUGGGGUCGACUCCUGCAACGGCGUCCUCGACAACGGCUCCCUCUUUCGGGCUGUCUGCGGUCGAGGAGCAAGGGCGGCGCAAAGGCAGUGAUGAGCUGCUACAGCAUCGCAAUCUUCUCGCUGUGGGUGCCGAUGGUAGACGAGGUGGCCGAGCGUCUCCGCUGCCUCAGGCAGUUCAGGGUGCCCAAGCUCCAUUCAUCGGCCCCUCUGGCGAACCGGGGAUCAAGAAUGAGCUGGGAAGGGUAUUUUCUGGAAUUGGCAGUGGUGUUGGUGGUGUGACGGCUGGCUCAACUGGCAGCGGCCCGUCUACGCCGCUGAUCGCAAGCCCCUUCAAGCGCGACAGUCUCACCGGUCGCUCGGUGAACGGGGAAGCCGAUGAUGCUAAGAUUGCCCGACCAACAUCGGCGGCCGGCCAGCGGCGGUCAAGGAAAUCGCGAGAUGAGGAUGUUCAGGUGGACGAAGGUGGUGCCGGGCUAUCCGGUCGUGGAUCUCGUCGGUCUCGACAUGCCCAUCACCACCAUCACCAUCAUCACCAUCACCGUCACAAGGGGGAAGAGGAGGCUGCUACUCUUAGUAGCCUGUAUCGGCCAACAUCUACCAGUUUCUUAGGCCCAACAUCUACUGCUGCCGAGCCCCUAGCCGGCCACCAUCAUCAUCACCACCAUCACCACCAUCACGCACCUCGUCCCUCUGCCACGGUGCCCGCAUCUCCCGUCCGCGAGCCUCGCACUACAGUGAACCUGGAACCGCUUCUGACGACCGUAGCCCAUUUACCGCGACACCACCUGGGGUCUACUCUCUAUACCCCUCGCAUCGGCGUUCCCAGCGCAAAAGCCUCCUCGGAAAGCUCCAAGUUCGGCUACACCACCACUCCGCAGCCCCUUCCCCGGUUUGAUGGACGUGAGAACUGUACUUUCACCAUUCGAGUCCCCCGCUUCCGCAUUGAUGCGGCUCGGCGGGAAGAGAUCUGUGCGCGACGAGCGUUGUGGGGCACCGGCGUGUACACGGACGACUCCGACCCCGUCGCCGCCGCCAUCCACUCGGGAUACAUCCGAGGCGCCUGGGGCGAGGAUGUGGAUGAGUCCAUGCUCGAUCUGGAAAUCAAGGACACCUACCAGCAUGCCCCUCAAGCCACGGCGGAUGGCAAUGUGGAGGAUGCCUCGAAAACCGCUACGGAAGCCAACGGUGCCCGUCUCCCGCCAGUACCUCCAGCUGACAAGGACCUACACAUUACCCUCCUCAUCCUACCCCGUGUCGAACUGUAUGACUCGACGGUGAUGUUCGGCAUCAAGUCUCGUAAGUGGGCCGGUCGCCAUGAUGGGAUGAGCUUCAAGGUUCACCGGGUGGACUGGGUGGAUGACGGAGUCGGGCGCGGCGAAGAGCGAAGCGGCGAGGCCCGACGCAAGCGCUUGCGCACGCUGAUGCACACAGGGCGCAUUUGCACGGGGCCCGCCAUGGCGAGGAUGGACGAGCUUCGUCAAAGUGGUGUGCAAGUUCCCCGAACUCUGGAUGGCCCGGAGAGGCAAAGGCCGACGCCUGUCCAGCUGGUCUCUUGA